AUGUCCAAUCGGAUUAUACACAGCAACCAGAGCCUGGUACUGCAAAAAGUCACGAAACAGAGUGCGGGAGUCUACAGGUGUUCAGUUGUCAAUUCCGAAGGCGAAACUGUCAGCGACGAGCUGCACUUCCGAGUCCAAUAUGCUCCAACAUGCAAAAAUGACAAAAUCGUCAUUGUAGGGGCUUCACGAGGUGAAAACAUUGACGUCGUCUGCGAAAUUGAAUCGGAUCCACCAGCGAAGAGUUAUAAGUGGAAAUUCAACAAUUCAGGGGAAACUUUAGAGCUCGAACCGGAACGUUUUUCGAAAACUAGUAACGGCAGCUCAAGCAUCCUGAAGUAUACUCCUGUUACUGAACUGGAUUACGGCUCACUGUCCUGCUGGGCUUCCAAUAUACUUGGCCAUCAGGUUAAUCCAUGCCUAUUUCAAGUCGUUGCAGCAGGUAAACCGUUCCCAGUAAAAAACUGUACAUUAACCAACCAAACCAGCAAUUCAGUAGAAGUCUAUUGCCAGCCGGGCUUUGAUGGAGGCCUGCCUCAACAUUUUUUACUGGAACUGCAUACUGUCAACUCAUUAGUACCUCAAUAUAACGUCACAUCAUAUUCCGAACCCUAUUUCUUCUUGGAACAUUUAGAAACAGAUGUUACUUUCAAAAUCAUGGUGUUUGCUGUGAAUUCUAAAGGCAGAAGCGUCGCCGUGAUUCUGGAAGAAAUCACGUUGAAGGAAAAAAGAGCUGGAGCUGCAGAAAACGAGGACAACCAUCUGAUGUCUCUUAAUGUGUCAGAAGAGCCUCUCAGUGAUCUUUUUUUAAGGCAUCCUUCUUCUGUAGCUCCUCUAGCUGUUAACCAGUACCAACAGAGCACCAAUCCAGUACCAAUGGUGGGCACUUUUCCAAGAGAUUCCAGACCAAGGGAUCUAUGUGUGGGAAACGGAAAUUCAUCCACUGUACUGACAAGGACAUCAGAUUUCGAAAUAAACGGGCUGGCCAUCAAAGAACGUCUCAUGGCCAAUAGACUACCAGAAAGUUGUGUUUAA